AUGACGGUCAUCUUCCCUAUCCAGACCCAGGCCCAAAGGUCUGUGCUUGGUGUGGCCCUCACUUUCUCUAUCCUGGCCGUCGUCGCAGUGUCCUUGCGCUUGUUCGCCCAUCAUAUCGCGCAUAAAAAGUGGACGUUAAGUGAUUACUUCCUCAUUGCCGCCUGCAUAUUCGCCGUCGGUCUCCAGUCGAUCAGUAUCACCGGCGUAUUCCAAGCCGGCAUCGGCUUCGACCAUGUCCCAUCGAUUGUGGCCGUCUACGGGAUGGAGCCCAUCACCAAACUGCUCCAGCUGAUCAUCCCGCUGCAGUUCCUCUGGGUGCUGAGCCUCAGCUGCACGAAAAUCUCCAUCCUGCUGCUGUAUCUCCGGAUCUUCCCCGUCGUGCGGGUCGUGCGGAUCGCCUGGGCCACCAUCGGCGUCAUCGUCGCGUGGACCAUCGCGACGAUCCUGGCCGGGUGUCUCAUCUGCCGGCCCUUCGCCUUCAACUGGGACCAGAGCAUCCCCGGCGGAUCGUGCGGAGACCAGGUCACCUCCUUCACGGUGACGGGGGUGAUCAAUCUCGUCACCGACGUGGCCGUGCUCGUGACGCCGAUGCCGUCGCUGUAUCGGCUGCAGAUGGCAACGUAUAAGAAGGCGACCCUGAUCACCGUCUUUGGGUUGGGAGUAGUCACCUGCGUCAUCAGCGCCCUCCGCAUCUCCGUGCUGUCCUCAAUGGACUUCACCGACAUCACCUACACGAUACCCCGCGCCAACAUCUUCAGCGGCCUCGAGCCCUGCCUCGCCGUCAUCCUCGCUUCGGUCCCUAUGAUGCGACCGCUCCUGGGGCGGUCGGUCUACACUCCUAACGGAACAGGCCCCAAGUCCUCGUCCCCGUCUGCGGGGCCCAAACCAGACCCCUCCGCUGCCGGUGACGGAUUCCAGCGGCUGGAGGACGACUCGAGCCAGCUGUGCCUGCAGCCGGAGGCCGAGGGACCCAGCUUUGGGCUAGAUUGGACUCCUGUAGGCAUGUUGAGUACCCUCUACACCAACGACGUUUAUUUUGAACGGGCCGAUGGCGACACGAUCAGUCUCUUCACCUUCUGCCUCGUCCGAUCCGUUCUUCCUUUCAACCCGAUCAAACUCCCUUGCGGAACCUCGUGGUCGUCGUUGUCAACCAAAUUACCCAACCACUCCCCACUCACUCUUCACCGAGGACCCCGAGUCUUCGCUCGAAACGUACCCAGCAAGGCGGCCCUGUUUCCCCCCGGAAGUCGCGCCGACUGGCUGGGCAGCCCCCGGACCCCCAAGUCAGUGCAUAGCAUUUCUGUGAUCGGUACCGAGGCGGAGCCGCCCGAGACAUUCCCGGAUUUGAUAGACGCCGCCAGGGCGAGGGUGGAGAGUUAUAAGAAUGGAAACAGACCGCAAGAGGAGUAUCUCCGUCCCUCCCUGAAUGCCUUUCUAGACUGGUUUCCACCAGACGGUCAAACUUCUACGGCCAGAGACAUCGUCAAGGCUGGCGAUGAUGACAACAAGUUAUGGGAAAUGUUCCAUAACAUUCUCACCGGUGUCCUUUACCCAAUUUUCCGAAACUGGGCGAAGCCGGGGUUCACGAACACCCUCUCCGACAUCCUCAGUCGAUACGACUUCCCAACCCCACCUGCCUCAGAGCUGAACAGUUGUGGAUAUUGGGGCCCGCUAGAUUGGGUUACCGGUCGAUACUUGGUCAAUAGGGAGAUAAAAGCCAUCUCCAAAGCCAUCGACUGGAGCCCGGCGAAACCAGCAUCUGCUCCGACUCUCCCUGUCAGCGAUUCCGCGCCUUCCUCGGCGGCCGAGCCUACACCUCCCUCACUCAGCGACAGUGCACCUUCCUCAGCAGUUGAAACUACACCUCCUUCACUCACUGAUGCGGAAAAACCGGAAAAGCCUCUACUGAUUUCAGACCUCAUUCCGCCCAACUCCUUCUCGGAUCACCGAGAACGACCUCGCUCGCCAUCCACGCCUUCUUCACACUCGCUCCAAUCACCGGUUUACGACUCGCCUGCUGCCCCGAGGCAGAUCGCUGUUUCCCCUACGGAAAUCGAAGCUCGACCAGGACGCCCGCUUCUGGCUAGAGAAGUCUGA